AUGGAUCCAAACAAACCGCAGUACUUCAUUCAUCCAUAUGAUGCUUCGAAUCUUUCUGGUACAAAGCUGCAAGUCAUUUCCGGUUCACCGCUAGCGGUUGUAGCUGCAGUACAAAAAGCACAGCAGCAACAUGUGGCCGCAACACUUACAAAUGCUGGUGCACCGGUUGCAGUGAAUAUCGAUAUACAAGCACUAACUGACAUGGCACAUCGCGAAUAUCAAUCCGGUGAUUAUGCAAAUGCUGAGCAGCAUUGCGUGACAAUUUGGCGCGCCGAUCCAAAUAACGUCAGUGUUCUGCUUCUCCUCUCUUCGAUACACUUCCAACUAAAGGAUCUUGAUAAGUCGAUGCAAUUUUCAACAAUGGCAAUUAAAGCGAAUCCGAAAUGUGCUGAAGCAUACAGUAAUUUGGGCAAUGUAUACAAGGAACGCAAUCAAUUAGCAGAAGCGCUAGAAAAUUAUAAAAUAGCGGUAUCGCUAAAACCAGACUUUAUUGAUGGAUAUAUCAAUCUAGCAGCUGCAUUGGUCGCGACCGGUGAUUUGGAUCAAGCUGUAAAUGCAUAUGUUUCAGCCCUUCAAUAUAAUCCCGAUCUGUACUGCGUACGAAGUGAUCUAGGGAAUUUGCUGAAAGCGAUGGGCCGUCUCGAAGAUGCUAAGGGUUGUUACCUGAAAGCAAUCGAAACACAACCACAAUUCGCGGUUGCUUGGUCUAAUUUGGGUUGCGUUUUUAAUGCUCAGGGGGAAAUUUGGCUUGCAAUACAUCAUUUUGAAAAAGCUGUUCAACUAGACCCAAAUUUUCUGGAUGCAUACAUAAAUUUGGGCAAUGUACUGAAAGAAGCACGUAUUUUUGAUAGAGCAGUUGCUGCCUAUUUACGUGCAUUAAAUUUGGCUGGAAAUCAUGCUGUUGUUCAUGGAAAUCUGGCAUGUGUUUAUUAUGAGCAAGGACUUAUCGAUUUAGCUAUUGAUAUGUAUCGAAAAGCCAUCGAUUUGCAACCGAAUUUUCCUGAUGCAUAUUGUAAUUUGGCCAAUGCUUUAAAGGAAAAAGGUUUGGUAUCGGAAGCAGAAGCUGCAUAUAAUAAAGCAUUACAGCUUUGCCCAACGCACGCUGAUUCACAGAAUAAUUUGGCAAAUAUCAAAAGAGAACAAGGAAAGAUUGAGGAUGCUACAAGACUUUAUUUAAAAGCGUUGGAGAUUUAUCCUGAAUUUGCUGCUGCACACAGCAAUCUUGCAUCAAUACUGCAGCAACAAGGCAAACUUCAAGAUGCAAUAAAUCAUUACAAAGAAGCAAUUCGUAUAGCACCCACAUUUGCUGAUGCAUAUUCAAAUAUGGGAAAUACAUUGAAAGAAAUGGGUGAUGUAGGCGGAGCGUUACAGUGUUAUACUCGUGCCAUUCAGAUCAAUCCUGGAUUCGCCGAUGCACACAGCAAUUUGGCUAGCAUACACAAGGAUUCUGGGAAUAUUCCUGAAGCAAUUCAAAGCUAUUCGACAGCACUUAAGCUAAAGCCUGACUUUCCUGAUGCAUUCUGUAACUUAGCUCAUUGUUUGCAGAUUAUUUGCGAUUGGACAGAUUAUGACAAUCGCAUGAAGAAACUCAUAGCAAUUGUUGACGAUCAACUGCAGAAAAAACGUCUGCCAUCAGUACAUCCGCACCACUCAAUGCUCUACCCGUUAACACAUGCUGUUCGAAUGGCUAUUGCAGCAAAACAUGCACAGUUAUGCAUUGAAAAAGUCCAGAUAUGUCACAAAGCAUCAUAUAUAUAUCCAGAUCGAAACAGCGUUCGCAAAGGACAGCGUUUACGAAUCGGUUAUGUAUCCUCCGAUUUUGGCAAUCAUCCUACCAGUCACUUGAUGCAGUCAAUCCCGGGAAUGCAUAAUCGUGAGAACGUUGAGGUGUUUUGCUAUGCACUUUCUCCAAAUGAUGGUACCAAUUUCCGACAGAAACUGAUGAACGAAUCAGAACAUUUCGUUGAUCUAUCGCAAAUUACAUGCAAUGGAAAAGCGGCUGAUCGUAUACAUGAUGAUGGAAUCCAUAUUUUGAUAAAUAUGAAUGGUUAUACGAAAGGUGCACGCAAUGAAAUAUUUGCAUUGCGUCCAGCACCCAUCCAAGUGAUGUGGCUUGGUUAUCCAAGUACUUCAGGUGCCCCAUUCAUGGAUUACAUAAUCACUGAUUCGGUAACAUCCCCUUUGGAACUUGCUCAUGCCUAUAGUGAAAAAUUGGCAUACAUGCCUCAUACAUUUUUUAUUGGCGACCAUGCUCAAAUGCUGAAGCAUCUUACUGAACGAGUGAUUGUUAAAGAGAAAAAUGAUCCGACUCCAAUUGACAAGGAGACCGUCACAGUUGUGAAUUCAGUCAAUUUGGAACCGCUGUUGUCGAAAGCAGAAGUCAAGCCAUUCGUUCGAGAGACUGAAGUGGCACAUGGUCCGGAACGUGAUAUGAUAAAGACCGAAGUAGUGCUUCCAGUAAUUGAAGUUCCAACAACUGAACCACUUAAGCAAAUGAUUGGAUCCGGUAUGAUUGCUGGCAACGUCGAGGGUGUACCUGUGCAGAAUGGUCUUACUACACUGAAUCAAACGCAUGUGAAAGCAGCAACGGGUGAAGAAGUGCCACAUACUAUCCUCGUUACUUCACGGCAACAAUAUGGUCUACCUGAUGAUGCUAUUGUUUUCUGCAAUUUCAAUCAGCUGUACAAAAUCGAUCCUCCAACUUUAUCGAUGUGGUGUGAUAUUUUGAAAUUGGUACCAAAUAGUAUUCUGUGGUUGCUUCGAUUCCCUUACCACGGAGAACCAAAUGUAAUGCGCUUUUGUGUGGAACGUAAUAUUGAUACACGCCGGAUUGUAUUUUCCAAUGUUGCUGCAAAAGAAGAACACGUGCGACGUGGGCAACUUGCGGACGUUUGCUUAGACACCCCACUUUGUAAUGGACAUACGACUGGAAUGGAUAUCUUAUGGACAGGAACACCAAUGAUUACCAUGCCAUUGGAAACACUAGCAUCACGUGUUGCUUCAAGUCAACUGUAUGCUCUUGGCGUACCUGAAUUGGUAGCAAAAGAUCGCGAAGAUUAUAUCAAGAUCGCGAAAAGAUUGGGCACUGAUCGAGAAUAUCUUAGUCAAAUUCGUGCAAAAGUCUGGAAAGCUCGAACAACAUCGACGCUGUUUAAUGUCCGGCAGUAUUGUUCCGAUAUGGAACGUUUGUUACAUAAGAUGUGGAAACGUUAUGCAGAUGGUUUACCGCCGGAUCAUAUAUUGUCCGAUCGUGAGGGAAGAGAUCUAGGUGAUAGGACCAAUUAA